CCCAAGCUCCCACCUUGGCCACAGAAGGUAUUUCAGCGGAGCUCAGCCAUGGGUAUCGAUCUGGAAGCAGGAGGAAAGAGCAAGAAGACCAAGCGGACAUCGCCGAAAUCCGAUGAUGUUUACUUAAAGCUUCUUGUCAAGCUCUACCGAUUUUUGGUGCGAAGAACAGGUAGCAAGUUCAAUGCCGUGAUUCUGAAGCGCCUCUUCAUGAGCAAGAUAAACAAGCCUCCAUUGUCCCUCUCCAGGCUGAUCUCUUUCAUGUCAGGAAAGGAAGGUAAGAUUGCUGUUUUGGUGGGCACCAUUACAGAUGAUAUCAGGGCCUAUGAAGUCCCAGCUAUCAAAGUUUGUGCAUUGAGGUUCACCAAAACUGCAAGGGCAAGGAUUGAGAAAGCUGGCGGAGAAUGCCUGACUUUUGACCAAUUGGCUCUUAGGGCUCCAUAAGGGCAGAACACGCUUCUACUCAGAGGUCCAAAGAACUCACGUGAAGCAGUGAAACACUUUGGUCCUGCUCCUGGUGUUCCUCACAGUCACACCAAGCCAUAUGUGCGUGCUAAGGGAAGAAAGUUUGAGAGGGCUAGGGGUAAAAGAAACAGCAGGGGAUACAAGG